AUGAUGUUUACAAUAGAAGAAUGCGAAACGCAAAUACGGACUGAUCAAGAAACACAAGAACGUGAUGAUGAACGCUCCAUUAAAAGUCACAAGUCGCACCAGUCUCAGAGCUCCACUACUUCAAGAUCCUCUUCGUCGUCCCGGAAAGAAAGGUUUAGAGCCAUGCUUUUAGCAAAAAAAGAAAUUGGAGUUAGCGAAGAGUAGGGCACAAGAGGAAGCUGAGUUGGCGAAGAGUAAGGCUCAACAAGAAGCCGAAUUGGUCAAAGCAGAGCAUGAGCGGAGCGCAAAGAAGGAAUUGAGACUACUCGAGGACGAAGCCGUUCUAGCUGAACUGGAUUGGAAGAUUGAAAAUGAGUUCGACGAGGAAACUGGUGUUGUUAAUGGUGUGGACAAUAUUGUUCAGACAACCUAUCCCAUUGAGGAGAAACCACUGGGACAGUCACCUCAAAUUCAACUUGAUGAUUCACAACCCCGAACACCAAAAAUCCCAGCACCGACACCCAAACCUUCACUGCCUCUUAUACCUGUCAGUUGCUCCACCCCCCAAGACACAGCACCUGGUUCGUGCAAGGAAAAGCCAGCCACUGAGGUCAAAUCCAAUAUUGCCGAUACUGCAAACAAGGGAGCACUGCCAGUCACUGAAUGCCAGCAGCCACCAUACCAAGCCCCACGAACCUUCCAGUAUAGACCUAAGUCUCAGCCAGAAGACAAAGUAAUAGAGCAAGCCCCUAAAGACCAUGUAGCAGCCAUGUGGAAGGUACAGCUUCUGAACGGAAUCUCUCCUACACCCUUUAAUGGCAACCCAGCAGACUUCCGUUCUUCAAAGAACAAGCACAUACUCACCUUGAAAGUGAGCUACUAA